CGCACCCACCCACCUACCCUAAAAAAUUCUCAUCUCACCAGUGUAGUGGUCUAGUUCUUGCAACAAAGCGCCUCUCGCAGCCAAUCAUCGAAGAAAUGACUUUGAGCUGCUUUACGUGCAUCGCUUCACACAAAAGUUUCGCUGCAUAAUAAUUGCCAGCGACCAGCAGCAGCGACAACAAAAGAAAAAAUCAACAAAACCAGCAAGCAUUUAACGCGGCCAACCAGCCAGUCGGUGGCAAGGAGCUUUAAACGAACUAACUGCAUUGGAGGCCACAGCAUUUUGCGCCUCACUUGCAGUCGCUCGAACUACCAGCCACUAUCAAAAGAUAGCCCGGAGCAAAAUUGAAAACACAAAAAAAAAAUAGUUGGCAGCAAAAACGUUAAGCAAACUGGCGCGCAUGCGUUGUAAAUUGUAUAUUUAAAUUGCCAGCCAACACAAAUGCACCACAAAAGCGCUUGCAACGCAGUUUUUAUAUCGGCGCAUUGAAACCGCCGCAGACUGCGUGCGCAGCUACAGCAUCAGCUGCAUUUGCCACUAGGCAAAGAGCUAUAAAAGCAGCGGCAAUAACCACAACAACAACAACCAGCACCACAAGUGGCAGCUAAGCACAGCACGCAAUUAGCCGCACCGCUUUUGUGGCACAAGUGGAGUUGCGUCGUCAGCAUUUGAUCGCGCGCAUCUUCGAGCACUACCACCAACCAGCACCACCGCCACCGAACAACGUUGCUGCAGCCUUAUCUUCCUCUUGACCUGCAUGAUGGGUACAAUACGUCAAAUAAAACCGGCUUCAUUUCCACCGCCUGCCUUCAAAACAACUUCACAAGCGACUGGAACUUCAGCUGUGCCAACCGCUACGAGAACGUCAAACAGGAAUUCAGCUUCAAAUGCGUUGAGUAAAUGUAGUGCAAAUGUUACAAGCAAAGCUACAGAUACAACCACAACAACAGCAACAUAUAUUACAAAAACAACAGAAGCACGCACGAAAGAUACUUUAAGCAAUGCGUUGCAGCAAAAAUAUACCACCAACCAGCACCUGCAUCUCUCCGCCAAUAACAGCCACAGCCACAGCAACAGCCACAGCAACAGCCGCAGCAUGCCACUAUGGCAAGUAAUAAAAUCUGAUGCUGCAUCAUUGCUGCCUCUUGUGGCGUUUUUGCUGCUGCUCAGCUGCACAGCAACACCAACGUUAGCGACGCCCGUUUUCGUCGACAAUCCAAGUUUAGCGCAAUGUGAGUAA